UCAGAUUUGCCAUUUUGUCUUUCGACAAUUUCGAAAUAUCUUUUUCUUAUUUAUAAGGCUGCGUUCACUGCCAGUAAUACUGAAAAUCUAUAGUUUAUGUCACGUACACUGUAAAUUUUCAGUACUGGCAGUAAAUAUCGGAAUGCAGCCAUAGUAUAUAAAAUUUCGCUGACACACUGCAGUGUUGUUUUUUUAUAUCAUGUUCCAGGAAUUCGUGGAGAAACCCGCAUACGCGUUAGCUUCGUUCAGAAAAUGCAGAUUUCUUUGAAUUUUUGAUUCUUUGAGUGCGUUGAGAAAUGCAGGCAAAUUGUUACUCGCAGGUAUAAUAUUCGCAGAGUCAGUGAAUUUUUUCUAUCAAGUUUCUUCUUUGAUACGUCGAUUCUCCGUCGAUGUUAUGUUCCUGAUUUUUAACCUGAAAACUAAAAGAAAAGAGGAUUGCUUAAGGCGGAUCCCCAUACCUUAAGGACCGUCUACAACGGCAGGAAGCAGUAAGAAGUAAGAUAUAUUCCCAUUGGCCAGUUUUUGAAAUAAUCUAUUUCGAUUGGUCUUCUCUCUGAUUUUAGGAAUCUAACUGCUCCGGGGAUAAUUGAAAAGUUUUGAUAUUAUCGAUCAGUUAUGAAUCAUGAUUGAACUGAAGGUAAGUAUUGAUUUGACCGAGUGCUUUAAUUUAUCGAAUUAAAUUAUUUUAUCGACAAUAAACAGAUUUAUGUGUAUAAUGCAUAAAUAUUUGGUUAUAUCUGUAGUUACCUACAGUGCAGACAAAACUGAUCGAUAAUAUCCAAACUCUUCAAUUAUCCUGGGCCUCCCGGGCCUCAGAAAUGAUGUCAUUUGUCCACAGGUAUCGAUCAGUAUCGAUCUUUAAUAGUAUCUCUCUCUCUCUCUCUGUUUGUCUCUUAUCUGUCUGUCUGUCUCUCUCGUCGAUAAAUGGUUUUGAAGGUUUGGAGUAUAGAACGAUCGUGGCGCCAUUUGGGCGAUGCUACAUGCUUGGGAACUAUCCACGAUCCAAGGUCAUAUAUAAGCGCGUCCUCCCCCGGAUCCUAGCCCGGCCCCGGGUCGUAGUCACCAGUAGUCACUCGCAGUUGGUGGAGUGAGUGUGUAAGCGUGUUGCUGGUGACUGUUUGGUCGUGCGUUAUGCAUUCCGAUGCAUUCUCGUGAAGAGCACGCGUGAGUGCACAACACGCGAGUGUGCGAUACGAGUUACGCGUGCGAUGAAUGCGAUUACUUGACGAGACUACUCACGAAUCUCCUCGACCCUUAUCGUGCUGGAUUUAUCGAAACAAAUGCGACGGUGUAAUGACACAGAAAUCAUGGUGUAACUCUAAUUGGGAGGUAACAAUCGCAAUUGUUUAAGCCUCAACCUCUUGGCAUAAUUUAUGUUCUCGUGUCAGUAAAGAUGAUCGUCAAGAACAAGUCUUGUCGAAUGGUGAGUGAUGAAUAAUUUGUAAUUAAAUUUUCUUGUUUAUCAAAGAUGCACAUUCUCAAAGGGCUUGUUCUCAUCGUUUCAGUUUACUAUUUUAUUUUUUUGUAAUUGUCACAUAAAUGUGUCAUUGUUUGUAAUUGGUACGAUUUCAUUUGACAAUUAUACAACUGUACAACUCAACUUGAGCUAUGUAAAUAUUACACAAAAGUACCAUAGUGCAAUUUUUGAAGAAGACUUCUUAUCUGGCAGAUUUAUCUUAUCUUUAUAGCAUACAAGUUUCAUUCGCUUUUUUUAUUGCAGUGUUUGCAUAGUAUUAUAUACAUCAUACAUUUUAAAUAGAAAUCACAAUCAAGUCCAACUGCAUCGAUACUGUACUGAAGAUCUGAUGCAAAGAAUUCAUUUUGUUGAUCACUUUCUAGUUUUUUUCUAUGAUUGUUUUCCAUUAGCACACUGCUUAAGUUAAAGUGACGCAAGUUGCAUGUUAUAACAAGAUGGCAAUUGGAAGUAUUAUCUGUGGUGCAAGUACCCCAAAAGUGAAGAAAAAGAAAGUAAAGACAACUGAACGCAGUUGGAUAGAAGCAACAUUUCAAAAGAGGGAAUGUACGAAAUUUAUUCCAAGCGCGGAGGAUGAGCAUAGAUGUUGCUGCGGUAAUUCGUACACUCAUCAUUGUGGAACUGGGGCAGAUGUUCAAAGUUACAGUCUCAGCAGUAAUAGAGAGAAAGAUCAGGAGCAAUGGUCCCAAGCAAAAAAUACACGUUCUUUCCCGACUGAUGCGUACGGUACUAUAGAAUUUCAGGGUGGUCCUCAUCCCACAAAAGCACAAUACGUAAGAUUGGCUCACGAUACGCGGCCAGAACCGAUUGUGCAGCUAUUGUGUCGGGAAUGGAAUUUAGGUUUGCCCAAGUUGUUGAUUACGGUACACGGCGGACGGUCGAACUUCGAGCUUCAACCAAGCCUGAAGAAAGUUUUACGUAAGGGCUUAUUGAAAGCUGCGAAGACAACGGGAGCAUGGAUAUUCACAGGCGGAACCAACACAGGUGUUACGCGGCAAGUCGGCGACGCGCUGUUGCUGGAACGCUCUCAACGACAAGGUCGUGUGGUGAGCAUAGGUAUUGCCCCUUGGGGAAUUUUGGACAAGAGCCAUGAGCUGGUUGGUCGCGGCGGAGAGGUGUCGUAUGAUUGCGUCUCCUCGCCAUGGACUAAGUACACAGUAUUAAACAACCGACAUGCCUACUUCUUAUUAGUGGACAACGGUACUGGCGGUCGUUACGGUGCAGAAAUUGUUCUUCGCAGAAGACUGGAAAAAUAUAUUUCGAAUCUGAAGUUACAACCAUAUACGCACAGUAGUAUACCUGUGGUCGCGUUGGUCAUCGAGGGUGGAACUAACACUAUUCGUGCAGUUCUGGAAUACGUGACCGAUGAUCCACCGGUACCGGUUGUCGUUUGCGAUGGUUCUGGACGUGCAGCCGAUCUAAUCGCUUUCAUGCACAAAUGGAGAGAUGGGCAAACCGGUGAGGGUGAAGGGCCGCUGGAGGGCGUCAAAGAACAAGUUUUAGAGACGAUCAAACGUACCUUUCAAGUCUCCGCCGAACAGGCGAGUCAGCUCUGUUCCGAGCUCCUACAGUGUACACGAAAAAAACAUUUGAUCACUGUGUUCAGGAUAUCGCAAGACAGGCCGCAAGAACUCGAUCAAACCAUCUUGACAGCUUUAUUUAAGUCGAAGCAACUGUCGCCGGCUGAGCAGUUAUCUCUUUCUUUAAUAUGGAACAGGGUGGAUAUUGCUCGUAGCGAGAUCUUCGUGUACGGCCAAAAGUGGCCGCUUGGCGCUUUAGAACAGGCGAUGAUGCAGGCGCUUCAACAUGACAGGAUAGACUUUGUGAAACUUCUACUGGAAAAUGGCGUAUCCAUGCGGAAAUUUUUAUCAAUACCUCGCCUUGAGGAGCUGUAUAAUACGAAAGAGGGUCCAUCGAACACGUUGGGUUACAUACUGCGCGACGUGCGACCAAACAUUCCACGAGGCUACAUGUAUACGCUGCACGACAUCGGUCUCGUGAUCAACAAAUUAAUGGGCGGCGCGUAUCGCGCACAGUACACGCGCAGAAGAUUUCGUAUGAUCUACACGAAAGUGAUGAAGCGAUCCGGCGGCGGCCAUCAGCCGUACAUGCAUCGGAACAGUUGCGCACCAAACUGCAACACGCGCUACUACACGGGCUCCGGCAACAAAUCUGACAGCCUGACGAUGAGUCUGCUCGCCGAGACGUUGCCAGCUAAUCGCGACACUCCGCUCUUCGAUUAUCCCUUCAACGAGCUGCUGAUCUGGGCGGUGUUAACAAAGCGUCAGCAAAUGGCCCUGCUAAUGUGGCAACACGGGGAGGAGGCGUUGGCAAAGGCGCUUGUUGCACUGAAACUGUACAAAGCGAUGGCGCACGAGGCGGCCGAGGAUGAUUUGGAGACCGAAGUCUACGACGAAUUGCGUGGUUACGGAAAGGAGUUUGAAAACAUCGCACUCGAAUUAUUGGACUAUUGCUAUCGGCAAGAUGACGAUCAGACGCAACAGUUGUUGACUUCGGAAUUGCAAAAUUGGUCGGGACAAACGUGCUUGUCGCUCGCGGUCACGGCGAACCAUCGGCCACUAUUGGCACACCCCUGCAGCCAAAUCAUUCUGGCCGAUUUGUGGAUGGGCGGCCUUCGUACGCGUAAAAAUACUAAUUUGAAGGUGAUUAUGGGACUAUUCUGUCCUGUAUAUAUCACGCGAUUGGAGUUUAAGAGUAGAGAAGAAUUACAACUGAUGCCGCAAACGCAAGAAGAACAUCUGAUAGCUCUGGAAGACGAGAAAGAGGACAGCGAUUCUGAGCACAGUACACCAGCAGGACCGGAUGUGGAGAAACGUCUUCGCAGGAGCCUGAGCAUACGCAACAAAUCCAGCAGCCAACCAGGCGUUAAGGCUUUAAUUAGCAACGAACACAGUACAAUAGUCAAGGAGACGAUUGUCCAGGAGAAUGGGAAAGUAUUGACGGACAACGAUGAUGGUAUACAUCGCGCUUACGGUCUCCGAUCCGAAUAUUAUGAUAAUAAAACAACUAGGCCAUUAAGAUUGCGGAAGAAACUGUACGAAUUCUACACUGCUCCGAUUACAAAAUUUUGGGCGAAUGCGAUAGCGUACAUCAUCUUUCUACUUUUGUUCUCGUACUGCAUACUGGUGCGCAUGGACGAUCAUCCGUCAUUAGCCGAGAUAUACGCGAUCGCGUACAUCUGCACCCUCGGGUGCGAGAAAAUGCGCGAGAUCGCGAUCUCGGAGCCGGCGAUACUCUCGCACAAGUUUAGCGUGUGGGCAUGGAACAUGUGGAACCCGUGCGACGCCGCGGCGAUCAUAUUUUUCCAAAUUGGACUUGCUUUACGCCUGCGACACUCGACUUUAGAUGUAGGUCGCGUGAUAUACUGUGUUGAUUGCAUCUACUGGUAUUUACGCAUACUCAACAUCCUUGGUGUCAACAAAUAUUUUGGUCCCCUCGUGACCAUGAUGGGAAAGAUGGUUAAGAACAUGAUAUAUUUCGUGGUACUUUUAUUGGUCGUACUCCUGAGUUUUGGCGUAGCCAGGCAAGCUAUACUAAAUCCUAAUUCUGAGCCGAAGUGGCGCAUAAUACGAGAUAUAUUUAUGGAGCCAUACUUUAUGCUGUAUGGAGAAGUGUACGCCGAUAACAUAGAUCCCGAUUGCGGGGACGAACCGGGAAUGAUUCCGUGCCUGCCGGGCCGUUGGAUCACGCCUGCUGCAAUGUCCGUGUACCUUUUAAUUGCCAAUAUCCUGCUGAUAAAUCUGUUAAUAGCGGUAUUUAACAAUAUUUUCAACGAGGUGAAUGCUAUAGCUCAUCAAGUCUGGAUGUUCCAACGUUUUACCGUUGUUAUGGAAUAUGAGCAGAAACCGGUGUUGCCGCCGCCGCUUAUAGCGAUUUGCCACGUAUAUUUACUGCUGAGAUAUUUCCUGAGGCAUAUUACGCAAGGUAAAAGUGGCACUGGUGAGGCUUACGACAACGGGCUGAAAUUGUUUCUCGAGGCCGAUGAUAUGGAACGUCUGUAUGACUUCGAAGAGGAUUGCGUCGAAGGCUAUUUCCGCGAGCAGGAGCUCAAGCUGCAAAUGUCGACGGAAGAGCGCGUCAAAGUUACGACGGACCGGGUGGAGAAUAUGCAUCAGAAGAUCGAGGACAUCGACAAGAAGGAGAGCAAUCAGAAUGCGUCUCUUCAGGCGGUCGAGUUUCGUAUUCGCAAGUUGGAAGAGCUGAGUCAGCAGACCGUAGCACAUCUCGGGGUGAUUCACCGUUUCAUGGCGACGUACAUGCCGAACGAGGGACUGUCCGGAUUAGAGACACUGGACAGUAUCCGGCAGCGUCGAGUAUCGGAGCGAUCGGAAGCCUUCUCUGAGGCGGACUCUCACACGCAUUUGUCAACGGCUACGCGACGCAAGAAGCUCCUACGCUCUCUCACCGAUGGUACCUUCUUAAACGUCAACCAGCCGAUAGAAGACCAUAUUCUAAAGAUAUCCGAGACUGUGACUUCUCGCGAGAAUCUCAGCAGGCAUGAUUCCUCCGUGAGCGUGGAUGCACACGUCGGUCAGGAUGAUGUGAAGACUACCACGAGCGUGGAGACUGAGGGCAGCAAAGAUGUUCUCGAGGGCGAAACGGCUGGCAAGAAGGAAACGCAGUUUGAGAGAGGAAUCAGCCAAGAUGUCAGCAGAGAGGUGAGCAGGGAAGUCAGCCAGGAGGAGGCCGCCAGCAGGGAACAGAGCAGAGAGGUCAGUAGAGAGACGAGCAGGGAGGCGAGUAAGGAAGCCAGCAGUGAGAACCCGCCCUCGGACACGAGGCAAGACUCGACGGAACGUACGUUCCGGCAAGAUUCCUCGGAACGUACGUUCAGGCAAGAUUCCUCGGAACGUACGUUCAGGCAGAAUAGCAGAACCCGAUCAGAGUCCGAUGACAUCAUGCUGUUCACCCAAAGGGUAACUUGGGCGGAACCUCGCGUGGAUGUGAUCCCAUCGUCUGUCACCUCGGUUAGCAGUGCGCCAAGGUCCAUCCUGUCGAUGAUGCGCGCCGAAUACACGAGCAUAACCGACGAUAUUGAGAUAUGUUGCGACAUGCUAAGUCCGCCGCGAAAGGCACCGACCUCGCCGCCGCCCUCGCGGCGCGACAUAUCGGAGAUGUCGAACACGGAAAUGGCAUUACAAAUAGAGAACGAGCACCUGCGCGACGCCGAAGAGUGCGACUAUCAACAGCUGGAGGAUCUGAUUCAGCGGCGUUAUCGCAGCGACAACAACGACGGCGACGGUAACGACGACGAUAAUCGCGCCGCGGACGAAGCCGGCGGCGUCGCGUGCUUCUUUAACGUGACCAGCGAGCACCGCCAGCUGCGUCGCGCUUCCGCGAUCGACGAGGACUCGCGUCGGCCGCCGCCGAUGAUCAGUGUCACUCGUGAGAUCGAACAGACGCUUGCACGACCGCCGAUACGCGACUCGGAAACGGCCGAUCCAAACGAUAAGAAUCUGAGCACUGUGCCUGCUCCCGCUUCCGAAACCAUGUGUUAAAUGAGACGGUGUAUGCCUCCGUAUUUUUCUUCGAACAGCUCUGAGAAUUAUAAUUUACAAUUCGGGAGCAGAUCGAUUGCUUGUAAAAUGAUGACUAUUUGACUUCAGGUAAUCGCAUUGCGAGAUAUUGAUUUUCUAUGAAUUGAUUGCAUUCGCUAUCGUUCAUCGCGUAUCGAAUUUUGGAUGUUCAAUGAUCAUGAGCAAGUAUAAAUAAUCAGUCUUCUUGAUGAUUAUCUCGCGGCAUGCGAAGCUUGUACGAUCGCAGGAGAGUCUGUGCAUCCUCCGCGAUUUGUGACUUAACGCGAGUCUGUCUCAAGUUCACUCGCUCAUAAAAUAUUGGCGAAAUUAAUUUCGCAUGGCCUAAAUAGUGAAUUUGUCGAUAAAACUAAGUAAUUAUACAUUUUACGUGUAAUAAUCGUGUAUUUUUAUCAAUUUUUAUAUAUUACAUUAUUGCGUUGGUGCUUUGAAUCUUCUAUAGUAAUUGUAACGACGCGUAUACAUAUAUUUAUUAUUGACCCUUGAACGCGUUGUCCUAUAUAGAAUCGUAUAUGUAGAGAGCGUUGAAUUCGGAAUUACUUCUGUGCACUGAUUAAAAUUGUUCACACCGUGUCUCUAUGCUAUAUUUAUCCGGUGCAUCGAAUUACAUGAAAGUCGUACGACGUACUGCAUUCGGGAGAAAAAGUUACGUUGCCUCUACCUGUGUCCGUCACGUUUGAUGCAUCCUCUGCAUUUCAGAAUCCUUCCAUUUCGGUAGAUUGCCGUGUAACUUCGUGGUUUUAUAUGCGCACGACUUAUUCAACGAACUAUCUAUUUUAGAAUGGAUUAUCAAAGAAGAGCGCGUACUCUCGCGACACGUUUUGUACAUAAGCACUUAGCGAACGAUUGCAUCUUAUGAUACUUUAUGCAUGAUUUUUAGAUGUAACACUUUAAUUUGUUUUGUAAUAACAAUUUACGACGGAGUAUUCCUUUAAAUUGGAGUACGAAUUCUCAUCACAAUCGAUUUAAGGUGUAAAUAACAUUAUAUAUAUAUAUAUACACAUUAGCGUGAGUUGCGAAACCGUGGGCUUUAUUAUCCUUACUGCCGGAUAUUUCAAUCGGGAUAAUUUUUCGAGGUGUAUUUAGGGCCUUACAUAAGCGCGCGCACUUUCAGCUGCGUCAGACUUCACGGACCAUUCGAAAGCGAACCAUAUCACGCAGAUAACGUUCUAAUGAACUGAAGCCAGUCUGCGUUAGUACAAUUGCAAGAGUAUCUAAAAGGAACAAAACUUUGAUACCUGUACCUAAAAUGCCUAAAUAUGUAUAGAAAUAUAUAUAUUGCGUAUAAUAAUUAUACGCGUAUAAAAAUUGGAGAAAAGGUGGCAGAUUCAAGCGUGUUCAGCAAACGUUACUUAACGUUUACGUAAAUGCUAACGUAAUGUGUGACUUAACGUUAUACUUAACAUUAUAGGGUGCGUUCCACUUAACGCUCGCAACGACCGCGAACAUCAUUCUAUCUUUAUUCAAUGUUCAGUGAGCAAUAAAGACAGAAUGAUGUUCGCGGUCGUUGGGAGUGUUAAGUGGAACGCACCUAUAAUUGUAAAUUGAUGUAGCAAUUUAUUAUUAUACACUCUAUUUAAUUUCUAGCAUGUUACAUAGCAACCUUCUAUAUUUUUUGUCUAGAUCAAUUCUUGUGUAAUGUUGUAUUGAAUCAUUAUGUGUGAAUAGUACAGUCAAAUUUAAUUAAGUCAAAUUGUUAUUUGUGCAAGAUAGGUGAUAGGUUUACCACCAUAUUUAAAUAAUUUUAUGUCGAUAAGUGAUUCGAGAUAUCUCCAUAGUAUCUCAUUUUGCAUACCUGUAAGAUAUUUCACACAUUUUUCUAAAUUUCAAUGCACUUUAGCUUUCGAAUUAUUUGGAUAAAAUGAAAAAAAAAUAUAUAUAUAUAUAAAGCAUCGAUUUUACGAAUAUAGUAUUCUCUUAAUUCAAUAAGAGCCUGGUGCUCCAGUUAGAACGAGGCUUUUUGGCUUCAUUAUUAUAUCAAUGUAUAAAUCAAAAGCAAUAUAAUUAUAUUUAUAAAAUAUAUUCGCGAUAGAUGGCAAUAUUAUCUAUUAUAAAUAACGUUUACUUGCACAAUUGUUACAUUUGCCAGUUGAUCGGGACAAUAUUAGCGUUGAUAUGGCAUUGGACAUACUUGCGCUAAUUUCUGUGAAAUAUUUUAUAAUGUGUUAAUUUAUACGUACGAUUGUCGCAUCAUUUUCGUCAAUGAGUCGACUACUUAUUAUAGAUAAAUUUCUACUUGUAUUGCGUUAAGAAUACGAGAUACAUUUGAAUGCGUUUAAUAGAUGUAUUAUGAGACAGACAUGUGCAUAUGUAUGUAUAUGGCGAAUUAUUUGCUCAAUUUUAUUUUCGUAUACAUUAUACGUGUGUAAAAGUUUUACGAUAUCGACAGUACGCUCGCACAGUAUAACUGUGUACGUGUACGCAACAUAGAAAUGAAUUUGAAUUUCCGAGCACACGCGUGAAAUGUCGGAACAACAACAAUAAUUCUAGUAUUAAAAAAACCGAUAAUAAUAAUAGCACGUACUUCUAUGCAUACAUAUUUAUUGAAUGCAAUAUUCAUUGCAUACUUACGCCGAUUGUACUUCGAGUAUAUACGUAUGUACACAUACGAUGUACGUACAUAGUUACAUUUGUACUUUACUGCUUAAAUAUUUGUGUGUUUAUCCGUUUUUGACAUUAUCGCAGGUAGUUACAUUCUUUUCUCUUCUUUUCUCGGAUGCGUUUGCGUUACGUUCCAAACGCUCUAGUCAUAGCAAAAUACCAUCGAAUUAAAUGUUAAAGCGUAUAAACACCAUAUCAAUUGUAACGGUUUUUCGAACCGCACGUAUACUUCAUUUAAAUAACGAAACUUGUGCAAAGAGCAGAAACCAAACGAGCAUUGUCUAUCGGUUUUUGGCCAAGCUAGAUGUAUGUAAGCUAAGUGUCAACAUUUCGUUAUUAGGAUCUAUUCCGUCUAAAUACUGGCAAUCAUUUUACGGUACUUGUUCCAAAAUUGCACGCGAACAUGCUAUCUUGUCGAUUGUAAAGAAUUGUACGAAAGGUACCGAUGUAUUAGCUGCUAACAGAUAACAAAAGAUAUAGUUUGUAACUCUAAAAAAUCGUUAAUUGAUCCUUAUCGCGUCGUAAAUCGCAAAUCAGCAAAUUUCGCUGAGAAUUAAUUAACGUUGCCGCACAAGUAGCGGAUACUCCGCAUUCCUUACUCCGCAAAAUAAUCUUAUUUAUAAUCGCUGUUGUCAUAUUUGAUCGAGCAAAAAAACAAUCAAACCAAAACGAGAUGAUAAUAAUAGGCGUUUCAGCAAGCUUACAGCGAACGGAAAGAAAAUUGUAUUUAGAGUCUAGCACAAUUGUCCGACAGUACAAUAUACACCGACAAAUAACGUGCGAUACGCACACAGUGUAAACGAUCGAGCGAAGCUCUCAUUUGUAGUAUCUCGGGCAUUGCAUAAUUGUCUACCGCCGUGCAGUUGAUGAUCGUAAAAUACGUGCCUUCUCUCGUCGUACUAUCUGGUUUUUUACAAUAUACAAAACGCAUGCAAUCAAUUUUAUUAUUACUGUAUCUGAGAUAUCGAUUCUCUGCGACACGUGCUUAUCUUAUAUUAUUAACUCGCGUGACUCCGUAUAAGGCACAUUGUUAUUUCCGAAAUUUCUUAAGAUUCUAAUUGUAAUCGUGACUUUUUGCUCGUCAUGUUUUUUCGACGUACGCGUAUGUUAUUCAUUAAUAUUACGUGAUAUUUUUCUUUCUUGUGCGCGCAUAGCUCGCUUGCAACGUAUGCACGUAUGAGCGGCGACUCGAGUUUCUUAACACUCAUUAUUUCCUUGCGACCGCAACCGAACUAUACGCCAAAUGUGAUUGUUGUAAGAAUCGUGACCGAUUGCAUCUCGUGUGCGACGCUGUACUGCGGCAUCAAGAAUAGAAAUUUGUCCAAAGAAAUAUAUACAUAUUAUUUC